UUUGAUAGGCCAACCAAUGGUGAACUUGCUAAUGAUGAGGAGAGGCACAAGACUUUGGAAGGCCAGGCGCUGUUUCCAGCUACAACCACCGGAGAAGGAGAAGAGGGCGAUGGGAGCAGCGCCGCCGGCCACAUCUACAGCAACACCGCUAGGCAUGGGAGCAGCCUAGCUGGUGAUGAGUUCCAAUUGGUAAUGUCCUCUCCAUCUCCAUGGUCCAGGGGUGUUCAGCACUACCACCACAACACCCUGCAGCAGCAAGCUUCCUCCGCCUCCACCACCUCCCUCGGAAACAACAUGCUGGACUUCUCAAACAACGGUUCACCACGUGAGUGCACGAGCACAGCAUCUGGAGCAACUUUCAAGAAGGCUAGGACCCAAGAACCAUCCCCGGCUCAAUCUACUGUUAAGGUGAGAAAGGAGAAGCUAGGGGAUAGAAUAACUGCCCUUCACCAGCUCGUCUCCCCAUUUGGGAAGACUGACACUGCGUCUGUACUCCUUGAAGCCAUUGGGUACAUCAGAUUCCUACACGGUCAAAUUGAGGGCCUGAGCUCGCCGUACCAGCUGGUCGGCGGCGGCGGCGACGGAGGUGGGGGCUCCGGCAGCUCCAAGCAGCGGCACCCGGCCAGCGUGCAACAAAAAGAAAAGAGCAGCAUAUUUCCAGAAGAACCUGGCCAGCUGCUACAUGGCGAUGCCACGAGGAAGAGAGGACGCCCUGAUCAGGACGAAGACAGCUGCGAGGAAGCAAUGACGAAGGACCUGCGGAGCAGGGGGCUCUGCCUCGUCCCGGUGAGCUGCGCGCCGGACUUUGGCGCCGACGUCGGACCGGCUGACUACUGGACGGUGGCGCCGCCUUUCGGGAUGGGGUUCGGCCGGUAGAUGCAUGGGGUUAACGAUCAUGUAAGUGGUCGUCGAAGCUGCCGGGAGCCGGGAUACAUACCUGUCUUGCAUGCAUGGGCUGCAUCGCGUCGAGAGCAGCCAUCCUGUUGAAAAAUUCUUGAUGUACAUUCGUAAUGGUGGAUCCAAGAGAGGAUGGUAUAAGUGGUAGUUUGCGACCUGGUCGAAGUAGAGAUUGGUCAAAGUGCAUCGAUCAGGCAGAUGCUAGAGACUACGUAGUUACAUUGUAUCAUCAUCAGAUAGCUAGCUAGAACCACCUUCGGAAUUCUUGUAAGUGAGCAUGCAAGCAUGCUUCUCACCUGCUUACAUGUCUGGAAUGGUCUGGUUGGCAAUGUGUAUCUCUGCUUAACUACUGCAAUGUGCCACAUUUAACAAAAGAA